GCGCUGCCUGUGGGUCAUCCCCCACCCUACAACGAAAUAAUUGCACCAUUUCAUCUCACUCACUCCCAACACAUUUUUUUUCUGACUCUUUUGUGCUGGUGAUGAUUUGUGACAAGAGUUUGGCAAACGCCGUCGGCGGCAAGACGGCUAGAGCCUGCGACAGCUGUAUACGAAAACGGGCUCGGUGGUACUGUGCCGCCGACGAUGCUUUCUUAUGCGAAGCUUGUGACUUGUCUGUUCACUCAGCUAACCCAUUAGCGCGUAGACAUGACAGGGUUCGCUUGAAAACGGCAUCGCUCAAAUCCUUGGAUGGAGAUUCCGAACCAUCAUGGCACCGAGGGUUCACUAGAAAAGCGCGGACGCCACGACACGGAAAGCCCGUGAAUCAUCAAACACCGAAAUCCGAAGUAGAGUCUGUAAGAAACCCAUUUUCUCUAGUGCCGGAAGUCGGUGCGGACGAGACGACGUCGUACGAAGAAAAGGAGGAGCAGCUUCUUUAUAGGGUCCCGAUAUUCGAUCCAUUUCUUGCUGAGCUAUGCUCGAGUACCGCGACUUCGAAAGAUGAAGCGGUUGCAGAGGGACAAACUAGUGCUAUUAAUGGAAGCGAGUCUAAGGUCUCGUUGGGUAAUAAUUAUGGUCAUGAUGUGGAUAACUUACAUGGGUGUCUUCCAUCUGACAUGGAUCUUGCUGAGUUUGCUGCUGAUGUCGAGAGCUUACUGGGUAGGGGGUUUGAGAAUGAGUGUUUUGGUAUGGAAGGGUUGGGGCUAAUGGAUUGUAAAUUAGAGGAGGAGGGUUCUUUGAGCAGUGGAAGGGUCAAGCUUGAGGAAGAAGAUGGUAUGGAAGCUGUUACGGCGGCGUGCCGGGUCGAUGAUACUGAGAUUGAUAUGAUGAGGGAACCGUUUGAAUUGAGCUUUGACUACGAUUCUCCUGCCACGUGUGAGAACGAAGAUGAGAAGGUGGUGGCUAAUAAGAUUAAUGGUGGGGGACUAGCAGCAGACGAUGCAAAGAAGAAGAAGAAGAAGAAGAUAUUGUUGAAUCUGGAUUAUGAGGCCGUCAUCACGGCAUGGGCUAGCCAAGGGUCUCCGUGGGCCUCCGGUGAACGUCCGGAUUUUGACCCUGAUGAAUGUUGGCCAGACUGCCUGGGCACUGGACUUCAUCAUCCAUACGGAGAUUUUGGGGGAACUGGGGGAAGCCCGGCAAUGGCUGACGGGGGGAGAGAAGCAAGAGUAUCGAGGUACAGAGAAAAACGAAGAACGCGGCUCUUCUCAAAGAAAAUAAGAUACGAGGUUCGGAAGUUGAAUGCGGAGAAGAGGCCUCGAAUGAAAGGGAGGUUCGUAAAGAGGACAUCCUUUGCAGGACCUGCUUUUCCUUUACUCGCCAAGUAACUGUAACCGGCCUACAUAGCCAGUUUGCUUUGCACUCGCUAAUAAACUGGAAUGUGUAUAAGGAUCCAAUCAAUAAAUUGAUAUUUCUCAUUCAUGAA